AUGAGUGUUGCAGAAGUUUACGAUAGCGUUACGGUGUGCAAAAUAGAAGAGAAGUUCUCUUUACAAAAAAUUUCAGAUACGGUUUUGGAAGGUAAUUAUCCGUUAGAACCAUUUCAAGCAGGAGCUAGAGGUACCUAUGGUGGUGAGUUUGUUGCACAGGGAAUCUUAGCUGCUUGGGAAACUGUCGAUGAUCCAGAUUUCAGUCCACACUCGUUUCACUCAUAUUUCUUGAAGGCUGGGAGCCACGAAUCUGUAAUGCGAUGGGAAGUAACAAAGACUAUGCAAGGUAGAAACUACUGCAACAGAUUAGUGCAUUGUUACCAAAAGCAUAACAACCAACUUUGUUUCAUUUUAACUGCAUCUUUUACAAGAAAUAAUUCAAUUCAACAAAGAAAACUAGAUUACGAGACCAACCCUGGUAACAAAAUACCGUUUGAGUUUCAAAGAUCUCCUCAAUAUUUCUUUGACAAGUACUACGACAAAUUGGACGAAAUGCCUUAUUAUGAGCAUACGAACGGUAAUUUACAGCAUAUAAUUCCCCCAGAAUACCGUACGGGAAUGCCUUCCGAUUUUCUUUCUCAGGAAACGGGGAUGAGAGACAUAGGGUUUUUCGUUCGAGUCAAUGAUGACGUCAACCUAGCUAAGGAUAAAUUGAAAGCCAAGUUGGUCAGCAUGGCUUUUGCGUCUGAUAGUCUCUAUCUUUCGCUUUUAGUGUGCUCAUUAGGAAUACCUUUGAGCAUAGACAUUUUCAGUUUUUUUAGAGUCAGUUUAGAUCAUACAGUCUACUAUCAUGACAUUGAUUUUGAUCCAACAAAGUGGCUUUUUUUAGAUUAUAGAUUUUCGAGAAUGAGUAACGACCGUGUCUUGUGUCAAUGUCAAGUGUUCAAUGAAAAGGGUAAUAUGGUGGUUAGUAUUAUUCAAGAAGCUAUAGCAUUAAUACCCAAAAAAUUCAUUGAAAAGGCUGUAGGUGGCUCAUAUAAGUUAUAA